AUCAGUGCAAUGCCAAAAAAGUAAAAAAGUACUUAGGCCUACCAUUGUCUGUCAAACUCAGCCCAGGUCACUAUGGCAACGGACCACCAGAACCCUGCAUCCAAGCAACAGCAGUCAGGAACCAGUGCGUUUAAGCUGAUCAUCUAUGAGCAGGAGAACUUCCAAGGCAGAUGUCAUGAGCUGACUGGGCCCUGUAACAAUCUCCAAGAGGCGGGCGUGGAGAAAGUGGGCUCGAUACUGGUGCCGUGUGGACCAUGGGUGGGAUAUGAACAGCCUGGCUGCAAGGGGGAGCAGUAUGUGUUUGAGAAGGGCGAGUAUCCUCGCUGGGACUCCUGGACCAACAGCAGACGCAGUGACUGCAUCUUCGCCUUCCGCCCCAUCAAAGUGGACAGCCAGGAACACAAGAUCGUGCUGUAUGAGAACCCCAGCUUCGCAGGGAAGAAGAUCGAGAUCAUAGAUGAUGAUGUUCCCAGCUUUCAUGCGUAUGGCUACCAUGAGAAGGUCUCCUCCGUGAGAGUCCAGAGCGGAGUCUGGGUGGGCUACCAGUAUCCAGGAUACAGAGGCUACCAGUACCUGUUUGAGAAGGGCGAGUACAAGGACAACUCUGAGUUUGGUGCUCAACAGGCUCUGAUCCAGUCUGUGAGGCGCAUCCGGGACAUGCAGUGGCACCAGAGGGGCACCUUCCACCCCUCUAACUGA